GUUUGUUUCUCUCUUCUUCCCUCUUGUCCAUUCAUUAACCCCUCUACUUUCCUUUUCCUUUACGUUCCUUUAUUAUAAUGACUGCUAUUUUGAAUUUUCGCUCCUUUAAUCGUAAUAGCACCCAUGAUGAACCAGUCUCACCCACUUUUUCAAACUUUUCAUUAUCUGAAAAAACAUCAUCCGAAAUAAAAGAUCUUUUAAAAUCGGCUUUUCGCUCUUUGCGUGAAAAAGAAAGAGAUCUCAAACUUGCGGCUGAGGUUGGAAAAACAUUAUUAGAAAAUAAUGCAUUACUUGAAAACCAGCAAAGAUGGCUGCGAGACCAAGUUUAUAAUAACCAAUGCUCUUCUGAUGAAAAGCGAUAUCAAACUAUGAUUGGUAAACUCGAGCAAGAACAUGCAGAGCUGCUCGAUAAUUAUCAAACUAUUGUUGAAUCCAACAAUAGCAUGAAGAAGAACCACAAAGAAUCUGAACAAAAGCUCAUGGCCCAGGCAGAUGCACUGUACAAGGAACUAGAGGAUGCCUAUGGCGCUAUUCAAAAGCAUGAAGAAGAGAGAUAUAGUUAUCAGGGGUCAAUUCAAAAGUUAAAGAUGCAGCAAAAAGAAAUGAUGAGCAAGCAAAACAGUGCAGAGAUCGACAGGCUUUCAGCAGAAGUUAGUCAGCUGACUGCUCGAAAUCAAGCUUUAUUGCAAGCUAAGGAAGAAACGAAACGCCGCUUUGAAGAGACAGUAAAUCAGUUAGAGCAAGCAAAAAGGCAGUUGACGCAAAUGGGUAAAAUAAAGGAACAAUAUGAUACACUUCACAAGACAUUUCAACAUCAAACAACCCAUAUCAGUCAGUUAAAAGCAUGGAUUAAAGAAUGCCAACGUGAAUCGAGCAAGAUCUUGCAAGUCCCUGAAUUGAUGAGUGAUAGUCUAAAGUCAUACUGUUCCUCAGAUGAAGAUGAUUUUGAUCAUAACGAACAAAUGAUUCAACUUCACACGCAUGAUUUGGUACCCUCCUCUUUAUUUUCCGAGUUGCAAUCUGCUAUACAAACUAAGAAUAUUGACUUCACCACAGAUGGUGCUACUACUACUACGAUUGCAUCUUUUACUGAUGCUCCUAUUGUUGUCAGAGAUGUUUCAGAUACCAUGUCCCUCCAUGCUUACAACCUUUAUCCUCAGAUACAAAAGAGACACUCCACCUGGAGUUGCCAAGUCAACGUCGGAGAAGAAUCUUUUCAAUCGCCCGCCUUCCACUUGACAUUUGUUAUCUUAUUUGGCGCUUUACUCGAUUUGUACUCGUAG